AUGUAUAAAGAUCUUGUGCAGUACCACAAGGUAGGCCACCGUCUAACUCUGAGCAAUGCUGUUGUGAAAGAGUUUUUUGACAGCUCUGUGGAUGUUCUCAUUGCAAAAAUCAAAGAAAUUCAAUCUGCCUGUCGUUAUGACAAUAUAGCCAGUCUACUUUUAGUUGGAGGUUAUUCUGGGUCACCUUAUGUGAGGGAAAGAAUUCAACAAGAAUUUCCUCAACUCACAACUGUGAUAGUAGAAAAUGGGAGACUGGCAGUGAUGAAAGGGGCUGUCAUGAUGGGACUGAAGCCCAGGAACAUCAUUCAGAGAAGGGCAAGAUUCACAUAUGGGUUUAGAAAAACGAUUCCUUUUAUAGAAGGUGAGCACCUGGAACAGUUUAAGUAUACUCGAGAUGGAAAGACCUGUUUUGACGGUAUGUUUGACAAGCUGAUAGAGCGUGGUCAGCUCCUGCAACACGAGCAAGAGUACUCAAGGAGAUUCUCUUUGAUCUGCAAAGAACCAGAUUCAAAACAUAAGACUGCGUGUACAGUCCUACCCAGUUACUCCAAUUCUCAGAAUUUCCCCUCAGAUCUGAGCCUAAUGGGCUAA